CUCGGCCGCGGCCGCAACCGCAACCGACGAGCCGCGUCGGGCGGGCAGGAAGGUCGCGCGAAGCUACCCGGCCCUCGGGGUGGGCGUGUCCGCGUCACGCCGUGCGUGAGCAGCCGAAGCGCCCCGGCCCGGCCGGCCCGUGCGGCCCGCGUCUCUGGCCCCGAGGGGCUGCGGGAGCUACGCAAGUGAGGUGCCCUGAAGGUGGACGAGAAUGCCGCGAUCUUGCUCCUUCCCGACGUGGAAUUCACACGUGUCAAACGAGGGUAGCAGAGGAGCAAGCGCCGUAUUCGGCUGAAAAAGUACUGCUUCACCGUCUGGGAGGCGAGGAAGACCCCGAAAUGACAGCGCCGUGUGUAAAGCCAACAGUUUGUAAAGAAAAGGAAACUUUUCUUCUCAGUUCUCCACCCAGUUGCGGCGCUCCAAGACCUUGCACCCCUCGCAUGUGCGUGCACGUGUUACUUCGUUUCCCUGGGAAAGCGAGAGUAUACGUGCCUACUACUCUGUUCUCUGCGUUUGCAGACAAAAAAUAUAUGCAUAUGUGGUAGAAGUCUUGCCAUACAUAGCUCUGCUCUGCCUUCGUGUCCGCGUGGGAUUGUCUACAGGAUGCGCUGUAACACCUGUCAUUUACUCCAUCCUUUAUAGUGAUGCUACAGAACAGAGAGGAAUGGAUAAAAAUAUUGGUGAGCAACUCAAUAAAGCUUAUGAAGCAUAUCGACAGGCAUGUAUGGAUAGAGAUUCUGCAGUGAAAGAACUACAGCAAAAGACUGAAAACUAUGAGCAGAGAAUACGUGAGCAACAGGAACAGCUGUCACUUCAACAAACUACUAUUGACAAGCUAAAAUCACAGUUGCUUCUUGUGAAUUCCAGUCAAGAUAACAGUUUUGGCUAUGUUCCCCUGCUUGAAGACAGUGAAGCAAGGAAGAAUAAUUUGAUUCUUGAUCAGCCACAUGAUAAAGUAAAAUCAGGAAUACCAAGAGAAAAGGAAUUAAAGGUAAGAAGACAAGAGGUUUCUUCUCCUAGAAAAGAAACUUCACCAAGGAGUCUUGGCAUUCCUUUAUUCCAUGAAAGGGCUUAUAUAGAGAAGACUUUCCAGGAUCUAAAAGAAGAAUUUCAUAGAAUAUGCAUGCUAGCAAAAGCACAAAAAGACUACUUAAGCAAACUUAAUGUACCAGCCACUGCAACUGAAACACAGUGCUCUCUUCCUAUACAGUGUACAGAUAAAACAGAUAAACAAGAAGCGCUAUUUAAGCCUCAGGCUAAAGAUGAUAUAAAUAGAGGUGCACCGUGCGUCACAUCUGUCACACCGAGAGGACUGGGCCGAGAUGAGGAAGAUACCUCUUUUGAAUCACUUUCUAAAUUCAAUGUCAAGUUUCCACCUACGGACAAUGACUCUACUUUCUUACAUAGUACUCCAGAAAGACCCAACAUCCUUGGUCCUGUCGUAACUGAGACAUCAAGUCAUGAUAAAUUUAAUAAGGAGUUCAGAGACAACCCGGGAAACUUUGUUAAAACAGAAGAAACUUUAUUUCAAAUUCAGGGAAUUGACCCCAUAGCAUCAGCUAUACAAAAUCUUAAAAUAACUGACAAAACAAAACCCUCCAAUCUUGUAAACACGUGUAUCAGGACAUCUCUGGAUAGAGUUCUGUGUUUGCCACCUGGAAACCAUAAUGCAUUAUAUGUAAAUACAUUACUACUUCAGGACCCAUCUGAUGUACCUUUUGCUUCAUUUGAUUCUCCGGGAAAAGCUAUCCGAGGACCACAGCAGCCCAUUUGGAAGCCCUUUCCUAAUCAAGACAGUGACUUAUCUUCGGUCCUGGGUGGCAGGGGCUCAGAGCUGCCUAUCCCUCGGGUCUGUGAAUUCUGUCAAGCGGUUUUCCCACCAUCCAUUACAUCCAGGGGGGAUUUCCUGCGGCACUUGAACUCCCACUUUAAUGGGGAGACUUAAGAUGCACUUGAAGACAGUUCUGUGAGAUGAGUCUAUGUCAUCAUCCAGGUCUGGGUGAUGGUCUUGGGUUUGUAAUACUAUAGAUACUUGAUUGCAAACUUAGUUCAAGAUCAUUUAGUGAAAAAUAGCUAUGAAUUUUUUUUCUAACCUUACAUUGUAACUUUCUUCUCUUUUAAAAGAUCAUUCUGUACGAAGCUGUAGUUCAUUGUAUUCAUGUUUACAGUGUUUAUUGCCUUAAUUUAUGUUUGUUUCAAAAGUCUAAGCUUAUUGCUUGGAUUUCUACUUAGAUCUGUUGAAUUUGGUGAUGUCAAAUGUUUAUGGGGUUUUUCACCUAAAAUUAGAUUAUUUAUGCUAUACGAUUUUAUUUUUUUUUUAAAUAAACCUGUAAUACAGAACAGCAGACAACAUAAAUACCUAGGUAAAUGCCAAACCUAAGAUAUUUUGUUGCCCAGGGAUAAAAUCACUGGUUAGAAUUAUUUAAAUACUUUAGAUUGUUUUGUUAAAUAAUAUACAUGGUUUUAAAUUUUGCUAUGUAUAUAGCUACAUGAUGAAAUUAAAUAUUUAAAAAGUUA